GCCCCUUAGCAACCACCGUCACGCCGUAGCAACCAGUGUUUACGUUUCUCUCCGGAGAGUCAGAGAUGCCGCUGAUAGUGAGAGAUCACACAUGGACACAAAACCAGAGCACAGUUUACAUCAGCCUGCCUUUAAAAGGAGUGAAAACCGCGAACGUCCAUGUCAUCUGCACAGACGAGUAUCUGAAGGUGAGUUUCCCCCCGUUUCUGUGCGAAGUUUUCUUAUUUGGGCCAAUAAAUGAGGAGAAAAGUGAAGCCAGGAUUGGAGACGGGGUCGCAGUGUUCACUCUGCAGAAGAGGAGAGAUGAAUUAUGGGAGCAGCUCUUCACAAACAUUG